ACAUUCACGCUAACAGAACUCACCUGUUUCCCAUCCAUCGAUUCGCUUCGGACACGCUUCCGAGACGCACAACGUAGGGUUUGGCCUUUCAGCGGAGUGGUUGCAACAUCAGCCAGAGCUUGCCGGGCUCUCGCCUGUUGCAAGUCGCGAGCCUGCACAGGGCUUACCGUGUCGAAAGUGCGUGGUAGGGUAGAGAGAAGCCUCGUUCGCUGAGCCACAGGCCUGAUCCCCACCCGGGCGGCUUCGAACUUAAUGCGCAGAGUCCGGACGAACCGACGCAACUGAUCUGGAGGACAGUUCGAGAGCAGCAGCUGCACAUGAUUGGGACUUGGACCCAGCCGGACCGAGCUCUUUCCAUCCUUCACGAAGCGUGUGAACAGUCGCACUUCACCCCGUGGCAGUGGGAAGUUCUGGGGGCGCCCUGGACCGCAGGUACUGGUCACUUGCAACACCAGUUCAUGGAACUCGUCCCGGCCCAGCGUAACCCAGGCAUCGCGUAGAAGUACUCGGUUUGACGCUGCUGCACCCAGAUGUUCGAUUGCCACCGUACAGCGAAUCCGACCGUCCGAUUCGGAACCUGGUUGCAUUCUGUUUGAAUGAAGACGAGGAGCCAACGCAGAGAUACUGUAGACAGAGACCAGCUAAAAUUUCUCUAGCGUGUGCCGAGGAAGUCAGAGUCGGCUCCUUACUGUCUUACCCUGAUUUCUGCAGCCAUUUAUUUCUGCCUUGUACCUAACCUCCUUUGCUUCAGCCCUGAUCCAGCUUCUAUCGCACGCGGAUUCAAACCUAUAACUCUCGUCUCAGCAGCCAAUCGGCGCUUUGGGAGCUUUAACUCCCCAGCCAAUGAAAAGAGGAAAGGCGGAGGCAGAAUCCCGGCACGACUUUCGGCAGCAAAGUUCUAUUCAGUUGCUAGGAAACCAAAAGGGCAGGGGGAACACCAUCCAUAUACAUGCACACAAGGGGCGUUUGGACCAUAUUCUAAUCUCCGGACAGCAGCACAUGGCAGGAGCUGGGCGGGUCCCAAACGAACCGCUGGACCAAGUAAGUCUGAACAAGAUCUUCUGUGAGACGGUCCGGAAGGAACUACGAUGCCAGCGCCUGCAGACGGAAUACGCGCUGAACCCACUCCUGAAUGUUCACACCAUAACUGGGAAGCCUAUGUCUUGGCAUGAUAACUUAGAGGAGCCUGCAGAUGCUACAUUCCUGAAACUUAUUCAUCAUGCUGCCCUUGAACCAAACAAGAAAUAUACAGAACCACAAACAGAAAGCCAGGAAAUUGGCUGGUUCUCCACACCUUUGAUGUUCUUAUACUAUGAAAAUAUUCUCCAUCACAGAUCAGUACCAACCGGAAUGAUAGCAGGCUGUACUUUCCAAGUCGGAGCACUGAAAUCACCAAAUAUAUGGCUGCUAUGUGGCGCCUGAAGGAGACGUCAAAAGACAAGCGAUAAAGGAACACAGCAUCACAGGAGUUUAAUGGAAGAACUGUAGAUACCAAUUUGGGCUUUCAGAACUGCAUAAUCUCCACCUCUUAAUUGGUACAAAGUGUAGGGUAGAAGUUUGACACAAGGCAUAAGGUAGAGGCAAUAGGGAAGGAAAGCCUUGUGGCAUUUGAAAAUUUAGCACCUGCAAUAAACCUGACCUGAAACUG